UAAUUUUGUAGAGUUGGCGAUUGUUAUUAAAAUUGUGAAUUUUUAGAGAUUUAAUUCACUAAAAUAGUAAUUUAAGCGAUUUUAAUUGAAUUUAUCAGAUGCUGUUUCAUUAAAGAUAAGUAGCGCUCAAAUUGUGGUCACAAUCAUGACACAACCUAACUUACUAGAUAUUGUGCCUGAGCAACUAUUUCAAACUCAUUUUAUUAGUGACAUUGAUCAAGUACAGAAGAAAUUACAAUAUGAAAUCGAGAGAAAACGAGAAGAGCUACGGGCUAUGGUCGGGGAAAGGUACCGAGACCUAAUCCACGCAGCAGAUACAAUAGAAGAAAUGAAGGUAACUACAGCCAGUACUCUCAACCACAUUGGUGAAAUGAUGUCGGCAUGUAGGAAUUUGCACAACACACAUCUUGUUGGAUUCAAGAUUGAAAAUAAAGCUGCUCAUCAAAGUUUCCAGUUCUCGCAAACAGACUCAGUUCACAGUUUAGCAGUUCAAGUAAAGUUGCUGAUGGAAAUACCUGAGAAGAUAUGGACAUGUAUUGAAGCAGAGGAUUUUGUCAAAGCCACACAACUGUUUAUAAUGGCUAGACAUGUAAAUACUGGGAUACAACUACAAAUUGGCGGCAAGAACAUCAAGCCAGGCAUGCAGUCACUGCACCGGCUGGUUCAACAACAUUGGAACUCGAUAUCCAAUUUCAAUCAGACAAUAAUUGACGUUUGCAGGCAGAAGUUGCAAGAUGUUGACAUUGGAGUAGAGGUGGCAUGCUCCUGCCUCGUCAGCUUAUAUCUCCUGGAUUCACAAUCCUUGGUGGAGCUCCUCAACACUUUAAUCAGCCUUCAGAGUCAUAGCAGCCUCAAAUCAACCCUUCGCUUUGACUUGGCCAACAUUUUGGAAGGAGACGUCAAGGCGCAAAUAAGAGAAAAGAUUGUGAACGGAGUGAAAAUCGUUUUGAAAACUGUUGUUUUGGUGUAUGCUUGUUUUGUUGAUAAUGAUGGUGGUGCAGUGCUGGUUCAACUGAAAGAACUUUUCAGAAAGGAUUCGCAACCUCUAGUCGAACUGGCUCGCUUUAGUGAUCCAGUUGGCUUGAAACUCCUACCCCCUGUUAUUUACAACUACAGGCUGUCGUCCAACAAGGAAGUGCAAGGGUUAGCCAAAGAAGAAAUAACGAAAUGCGUCCAAAAGUGGGGCGUUUGGGUGAAGUCAUUCAUCGAGGAGAGUGUUCAAGCGUUGCUUCAAAACAUUACGAGGGUGAAGUUCUUGCAUGAGAUUAGAGAAGAGGCUUUUAAAGUUGAAACCCCGUCAAACUGGGGCGCCAUCUGCACAUCCCUCGACAUUCCCGAAGUCCACGUGUGGUGCCACUACUUCCAACCUCUUCUGACGGCACGGGUCAAGGCAAUCAUAGACAACCGCUGGGUCAAAGUCUACGAUCAGUUCAAGACACAAAUACUGGUGGACCUCACCAAAGUGUCCUCAGAAAGCGAAACGGAGAAAGAAGCGGACAUCAACUGGUUCGUGUGGAAAGACCUCAUCGGCGAGACGGUUAUAGAGUCCAGGAAUGACGUCAUCAAAGUCAUGACGUCACUUAUGAAAGGAAUGACCCGCCAAGACCAAGGCAUCACUCCAACCCUAGAAAAGCUUUGCGAAGCUUUAGACAGCGAGCUUUGCAAGCUUCUAGAAGACUUAAAAGUAUACUUGAGUCGGGAUAAAAGAAAUUCUGUGACCAGAGACAAGAUACUCUUUGCUUAUGAAGAAGAUGAUGAGUCGGACCAGAUAUACAGCGACAAGGAAGACAUUGAGUUGUAUUUGAGGGAUAUAUCAGAUAGGAAUAUUCAGAGCAUGCUUCAAUACAUAAAGGCGUGUUUUGAAGAGCCAACUCUCCAAUCAACUGAGCUCCAAAGAAAAACUACCGCCAUAUACACCGCCCGCUACUCCCAAGCGAUUCCAACCCUUAUGCCUAACUUACGCAAGUGCUAUAUUCCUGAAGAACAAAACACAUUAGGAGUUAUAAGCGUAGACGAAAAUGCUGUUAAAAGGUGGAAUGAGCUUUGUGCGAUGUUAAAGGAAAGUUAUCUCUAUUGUUGGGGCAAAUGGGUGGAUAUUGUGGAAGCUAAAAUAGAGGAAAUGACCAAAGGUUUGCCCCAAGAGUUUACGCUGGAAGCCAAUGUCGACUAUUUGAUGAUGCAAUGGGACGUAAUAAAGAUAGAAGAGAAGGAUGACGAAGGGAAUGCAAUAGAGUCUACCAUCAAAGUGCCCGCUGGCCCUUCAUUGAAACUACAAGAAUAUCUUUACUCCAUAAGCAGAAUAUUAGACGAAGUAGUCCCACACACCUUACCUAUAGAAAUCCACACAUUGUUCAUCGAAAAACUGACAACUAUCACGUUCGCACACUACAACCGAGUUAUACGUGAGAAAGAGGCAGAUAUAAAUCAGAGAUGUGCGCUCCAAUUGCUUAUGGAUGUGAGGCACAUGACUUUGUUGUUGGUUCCUAGAGAGAAUAAAAAAUCUAUGGAGUUGUCUCAUGAAGUAUGUGAAUUUUUGAGACAGAAGAUCGAUCCGUUUGAUUAUGAUGUGUUCUAUCCGUAUAUUCAAACUAAUUUGAAGAGAUCGGUGCAAAGAGUUCAGACUCUCCUAGGCAGUUUGAUCCUCCACCACGGCCAGCUGACCGGUAUUAUCGGGAAUAAACCGGUACUGUCCGGCGGCAGCGGAGACAAAGCCGCCGGUUUGCUUGCUUCAGGAGAUUCCCACUGGUUCUCACUGCUACCGGUCGCUACACCACCCAGCUUGCAUAAGAAGCAAGAUAAACCGACAAAGAAGAAGGUCAUAGCGGCCAGUCCCAACAAAUCCAGGUCGGACAUAUCCGACCUGAUGACCAGUUCGCUGCCCAUCAACUUCGCCAACGCUCGCUCCGGGGCCGCUUCGUUCUUCAACUCGAUGACGUCAGAUUGGUUCAGUGGCUCGUAAGGUCCUUAAAGGUCAUAGCACACUUAUCAACCCGGAAAGGGAUCAACACUGUAUCGCCUUUCGCGGCGAGGCAAGGAGCAUGACUGUGCGAGCGUUGCAGUACGGAGUUUCAUACACAAAUUAUACUGACCGCCUUGAGUUGAUGCGGUUACGAUCCAAUUUCGGGCUGAUAAGUGUGCUUCGUCCUUAAAUAGUGUGCUACAACAACUCAGGUCAAAAUCUAGCUGUCUGACAUUUAAUGGUAUAAUGUGCAUAUCAUUAUAAUUAUUAUCCAUAGACUCUAAAACUGUUCAGUGACCAUAGACAAAGUAAUUUCGUUUUAAAAUUACAUUUCUUAAGUUCAUUACAAUUUGAUAGACGAUGACUAAACUGAGAAGUUUGACUGAGAAGUCGAACGUAUGUUAUGGAAGGGUUGCACCAUCUUACUUCAACUUUGACAAACGUCAAAAAUCUGUCAAACUACAUACAAAAAACACCGGUUAACGUCAUAGUUACGGUCAAAGUUAGGUGGUGCAACUCAGCCUAAGUCUCUUGGGAUUUCAUAAAUGGUUAAUGUCAAUUUAUAAUGAUUCACAUUCCUUUCGUGUAAUAGCGUUGCGUGAGUCACGUAACAUGUCUAAACUGCUAUCGUACAUAAUUAAUUUAUUGAAAUUUUGAAUAAAAAGUUCGACGAACGAAUGUUAUUUUGUCUAGGAAUCGAGAUGGAAGAUUAAUUUCUUAAAGAUAAAGGGGUAUCAGUUAUCACCCUUAUUGUGUUUUAUUAAAGCACACAUUGCAAUAUUUUGAAAACUACAGAUUGUGGCUACUUUCGAUGGUGACUUUUUGCGAUAUAACCUAAUAAGUCGUGCCUGUUUAAAUUUAAUUAUGAAUAUCAUAAAUCAAAUAAUUAUUUAUUUUAAUUUAAUUCCAAUUAUAAUGUUUAUUCACUAUUAGUAUACAUAAAAAUUAAAUGCUAUUAUGUUAAA